CGCUACUGUACGAUCUUUCGUCCAGAGUCCGCGUCCACGGCAUUGACUGCUGAUCUUUUGGUUCCUCGCUCGCUGAGAGAUGGACGAAAUAGUAAAGCUUGCGAGAAAAAGAGAAGAAGAAACAUGAAUGACGGACCGAGGUAGAAAGAAAGAAAGAAAGAAAAAACGAAACAAUGCAAUCGCAUGUCUAGCCUCUAUUGGGGGCUUUGACAGGUUACUUAUGCAUGACAGGUUUCAUCAUGCGGACGAACAUACCGGAUCUGUCGUUGUUUGCGGAGAGAUGAUACCCUUGAACCUUGACUAUUAUUAUUCAUCCAUAUGCUUUUCAUCUUUUCUUUUCUUUUCUUUUCUCUUCUCUAUUCUCAGGUGAAUAAAACAUAAAAGCAAUUAAGCUUUGACACAUGCAUGACCCCUCUUUCCUUCUCACUCUGCCCUGUCUACUCUAUCGCUACACCAGGG